UACCAGGCUCCAGUUGUGGCAGUUUGCCACGAAGGAAUACGAAUGUCGAAUUCUUGUAACCUCGAACGGUCUGGUGAAAGAUAAUAAACGAUAUUAUUCCAAUCAAUGUGGAAUUUAAUAGGGAGAAGAAUCUUCUGCCACCCCGAAAACGCUGCAACGAGAUGCAAUUUAUAUUCGACCAGCAGAUAAUAGGAGGAAAAGAAAUCGUUUCGAGGGUGAAUAAUUAAUUUUGACAUAAGAUCAUAAUGUCGUUGAUUCCAUAGGGUUUGCGAAGGAGCAUGGAAAUUCGAUUAUGAUUAGGGAAUAUGAGCAACGUGAAACCGACCACCUGUAAAGAAGCGAUUCGAAGAUGGGAAGAGGAGGAAGGAGAAGAAGCUUCCACCGCUAAAGAAGUUAUCCUGAGCUUUCAGUGGCCCCCCAUAGAGAAGAUGGACAAUGCCUUGACGACUUUAGUUAAUUGCGAGAGGCUUUCCUUGUCGACCAAUAUGAUCGAGAAAAUUGCAGGAAUCGGCGCUUUGAAGAAUUUAACGAUACUCUCCGUGGGUCGCAAUCUAAUUAAAGGAUUCUCCGGAUUGGAAGCAUUAGGUGAUACCCUGCAGGAACUUUGGAUUUCGUACAAUCUCAUUGAGAAAAUGAAGGGGAUCAAUUCGAUGAGGAAUCUUCGCGUACUCUACAUGUCGAACAAUUUAGUAAGGGAAUGGAACGAAUUCAACAGACUCCAAGAACUGGCUUAUCUACAGAAUCUACUCUUUGUUGGAAAUCCAUUGUACGAAAGUAUGGAGGUGGAACAGUGGAGGUCAGAGGUGGCAAGGCGUUUACCAUUCUUAGAAAAAUUGGAUGGUGAACCGAUAAUACGAACAGAGGAGAGUGUGAUUUGUAUUAAUCAAUCGCAGAUGAUUGACAGUCCUUCGCAGUCAUUGUUUGAGUGAAACUUUUUAAACAAAAUUUUACAUAUUUCUUGUUACACACCCUUUUGCUGAUGUUUGAUAACAAAAGAGAUCAACUAAUAAAUCCAAAACGAAAAGAACGAAUAGCCAUGAAAAGAGGGUAGAUUUUUCGUACAUUUAUAUUAAUUUAUUCGUCUUACGAUACAAGACAAAUCGUACAUACGUUUCUGGUGAUUGUAAAAGGUUGAAAAAAGCAAAUAGAGUUCGAUUGGAUUCGAUGCACGAGAUAUACCGAGGAUCGGAUAGACGACAUUUCAAGAGAUCAUCGUUUCCUUCUCUUCUCUUCAUUUUCAUUUAUAGAUUCACUUUCACGUUGUUAGAUUUCUUUUUUCUUUUUUUUUUUU